UGUAGGGCCAUGGGGGAAGGGAAGAGGGCCAGUGAGGUGUCGGUUCCCUAUUGGCCUAAGCCACAGAUAAUUCGAAUACGCAUCUGCACCCCAACCACACUGCAUGCUUCAGAGGCCAUGAGGCUGCCCCUGCCACUGCUGCUAGUGUUUGGGUGCAGGGCUAUCCUGGGAAGCCUCGGGGAUAGGGCUUCACUCUCCGCUACGGCUCCAGUGUUGGAUGAGGAAGAGAAGUAUGCAUCUUACAUGCCUGCUCACCUGCGCUGUGACGCCUGCCGGGCUGUGGCCUACCAAAUGGGGCAGCAUCUGGCAAGAGCAGAGGCUAAAUCUCCAGAGUCAAGUGGCUUGCAGGAGCUGAGUGAGUCGAUAUACACCGAUGUCCUGGACCGGACGUGCUCUCAGAACUGGCAGUCCUAUGGAGUCCAAGAAGUGAACCAGAUAAAGCAUCUCAUGGGCCCAGGACUCAGCAAGGGGACAGAGCCACCCAUCAGCGUGAUGAUUACUGGGGGUCCUUGGCCCAAUAGGCUCUCCAUGACAUGUUUCCAGUACCUGGGAGAGUUUGGAGAAGACCAGAUCUAUGAAGCCUACCGUCAAGGCCAUGAGACUCUGGAGGCACUGCUGUGUGGGGGCCCUCAGGGGCCCUGCUCACCUGAGAACCCAAGAGAAGAGCUUUAGUGCCAGCCAGGACACCGGAUCUUCUCUCUCUUUAUAAUUAACAGUUGUUUGGAGACAGGGUCUCAUUAUGUAGCACAGGCUGGCCUUGAACUUGUCCUCCAGCCUCAGCCUUGAAAAUGCUGCCGUGACUGUUCCAAGCCUUCCAGUGCAGGUGGGGAGGGGGCAGGGAAGCCUAGCUCCUGCUGUCAAUCUUCUUCCCCCACCCCUCCCUGGGGCACUGGAGUUGAUGAUGAAUAAGGCCUACUUUCAAAUAAAGCUCAGUGAC